CAUCCUUCGAUGUGUAUUUGUCUUUAUCUGUGAUUGUUUACAACACAAUUGAAAUAGGUUAUGUUUAGGUAAUUACCUUUUUACCGGUACUCAGUAGAUGCUGGCGUUAACGGGGGAAUCUUUGGCGAUAAAAUAUAAUCAGAUUAUGUGAACACCAAAAUGCAUUCUGCAAAAGUAUUGAUCAGAAAGAUGGCCUCGUCGUUGGUCUCAAAAAGUUCACCGUUAAGGCGACCGUUUACAGUGAUAGUGGAGGGUAACAUCGGUUGCGGAAAAACAUCGUUUUUAGAGCACUAUGGAAAGCACGAAGAUGUCUGUAUCCUUCCUGAACCUGUGGAGCAGUGGAGAAAUUUAAAUGGAAACAACUUAUUGGGUUUAAUGUACAAAGAUCCCGAAAAGUGGAGCUUUACAUUCCAGUCCUACGUCCACCUUACUAUGUUAGAAAAUCACCUCAAACCAACCACUUGUCCAAUUAAACUCCUUGAGAGGUCCAUCUAUAGCGCUCGUUACUGUUUCGUCGAGAAACUGUCUAGAGAUGGGUUAAUGUCGCGUCCUGAAGCUGCAGUACUUGAUGGAUGGUUUCAGUGGGUCGUGUCGCAAAACCUGGUUCCAGUGGACUUAAUAAUAUACCUGAGAACUUCACCUGAAGUGGCACGUGAACGAAUUCUCAAGCGGAACAGGCCAGAGGAGAAAGCAGUUUCUCUACCCCAUUUACGAGCCCUACACGACAUUUAUGAAGACUGGUUGUUUCAUAAAACUCUAUUCACUUGUCCUGCUCCCAUUUUGAUAUUGAAUGCUGAUUUGGAGAUGUCAGUGAUAGAGAGUGAAUAUGAAAAGUGGGAGCCUUAUAUUUUCAACAAGGCAACAUCAGAGGCACAAGCAUUUUAAGAUUACUUUACUAUACAUAUGUGAAUAUGUGAGUGAUUUGUAUUUUUGUAUUAUAUUUAUGUUCGGUUUAGGGUUUCAGCUUUCUGAUAUAGGAGCGUUCAUGUCGCUGAAUGUUCCAGUAUCUAUCUAUCUUAUUGUAUUGUAUGUAGGUUGUUAUUAAAAUUUCUUUGACAAUAAAUCUAAAAAAGAUGAAAUGAAA